GGGAAGCUCCUCAAUGAGCGCGAUUGGCGCGGGGAGCGCGCGGCGCUGCCGGGGCCGCUCCGCUCCGACCGCUCCGAGCCGAGCCGAGCCGAGCCGAGCCGAGCCGAGCCGUGCCGAGCCGAGCCGAGCCGUGCCGAGCCGUGCCGCUCCCGCCAUGAUCGCAUCGCACCUCCUCGCUUACUUCUUCACCGAGCUCAACCAUGACCAGGCGCAGAAGGUGGACAAGUACCUGUACCACAUGCGGCUCUCGGAUGAGACCCUGCUGGAGGUGUCCCAGCGCUUCGAGAAGGAGAUGGAGAAGGGGCUGGGGGCAGACACCAACCCCACGGCCUCCGUGAAGAUGCUGCCCACCUUCGUCAGGUCCACCCCGGACGGGACAGAGGACGGGGAUUUCCUGGCUCUGGACCUGGGAGGCACCAACUUCCGAGUGCUGCGGGUGAAGGUGUCGGACAACGGGCUGCGCAAGGUGGAGAUGGAGAACCAGAUCUACGCCAUCCCCGAGGAGCUGAUGAGGGGCAGCGGGGUCCAGCUUUUCGACCACAUUGCUGAGUGUUUGGCCAACUUCCUGGACAAGCUGCAAAUCAAAGACAAGAAGCUCCCCCUUGGCUUCACCUUCUCCUUCCCGUGCCACCAGACCAAGCUGGACGAGAGCAUCCUUGUGACGUGGACGAAGGGGUUCAAGUGCAGCAGCGUGGAGGGCAGGGACGUGGUGUCCCUGCUGCGCAAGUCCAUCAAGAAAAGAGGGGACUUUGACAUCGACAUCGUGGCCGUGGUGAACGACACCGUGGGCACCAUGAUGACCUGUGGCUACGAUGACCACAACUGUGAAGUUGGCCUCAUUGUUGGAACUGGCACCAACGCCUGCUACAUGGAGGAGAUGAGGCACAUCGACCUGGUGGAAGGGGAUGAGGGCAGGAUGUGCAUCAACAUGGAGUGGGGAGCCUUUGGUGACGACGGGGUGCUCAACGACAUCCGCACCGAGUUCGACCGCGAGAUCGACAUGGGCUCGCUCAACCCUGGCAAACAAUUGUUUGAGAAGAUGAUCAGCGGGAUGUACAUGGGGGAGCUGGUCAGGCUCAUCCUGGUGAAGAUGGCCAAGGACGGGCUGCUCUUUGGGGGAAGGCUCACGCCAGAUCUGCUCACCACGGGCCACUUUGAGACCAGAUUUGUCUCUGCCAUUGAGAAGGAGAAGGAGGGGCUGCAGAAAGCCCACGAGAUCCUGAGCAAGCUGGGCCUGGAGCCAUCGCACGAGGACUGCGUGGCCACGCUGCGCAUCUGCCAGAUCGUGUCGACGCGCUCGGCCACGCUCUGCGGGGCCACGCUGGCUGCCGUGCUGCGCCGCCUGCGCGACAACAAGGGCGGCGACAGGCUGCGCUCCACCGUGGGCGUGGAUGGCUCCGUGUACAAGAAACACCCCCACUUUGCCCGUCGCCUCCACAAGACCGUGCGGAAGCUGCUGCCGGACUGCGAGAUCCGCUUCAUCCGCUCGGAGGACGGCAGCGGCAAAGGGGCGGCCAUGGUGACAGCCGUGGCCUACAGGCUGGCUGCACAGCACCAGGCCCGUCAGAAGAUCCUGGAGCCCCUCAAGCUGAGCCACGAGCAGCUGCUGGAGGUGAAGGAAAGGAUGAGGAUAGAGAUGGAGAAAGGGCUGGGCAAGGAGACGCACGCGGAGGCAACGGUGAAAAUGCUGCCCACCUACGUGUGCUCCACUCCCGAUGGAACAGAAAAGGGAGAUUUCCUGGCCCUGGACCUGGGAGGGACCAACUUCCGCGUGCUGCUGGUGCGCGUCAGGAACGGGAUGCGGCGCGGCGUGGAGAUGCACAACAAGAUCUACUCCAUCCCCGUGGAGAUCAUGCAGGGCACGGGAGAGGAGCUCUUUGACCACAUUGUCCACUGCAUCUCUGACUUCCUGGAGUACAUGGGAAUGAAGGGCGUGUCGCUCCCGCUGGGAUUCACCUUCUCCUUCCCUUGCCAGCAGAACAACCUGGACGAGGGAAUUCUCCUGAAGUGGACGAAAGGUUUCAAGGCGACGGGCUGCGAGGGAGAGGACGUGGUGGGGCUGCUGAAGGAGGCCAUUCACAGGAGAGAGGAAUUCGACCUGGACGUGGUGGCAGUGGUCAAUGACACCGUUGGCACCAUGAUGACCUGUGGGUACGAGGAUCCCUACUGUGAAGUUGGGCUGAUUGUCGGCACGGGCAGCAAUGCCUGCUACAUGGAGGAGAUGAGGAACGUGGAGCUGGUGGAAGGGGACGAGGGCAGGAUGUGUGUCAACAUGGAGUGGGGGGCCUUCGGGGACAGCGGCUGCCUGGAUGACAUCCGGACAGAGUUCGACGUGGCCGUGGAUGAGCUGUCCCUCAACCCUGGCAAGCAGAGGUAUGAGAAGAUGAUCAGUGGGAUGUACCUGGGGGAAAUCGUCCGCAACAUCCUGAUGGACUUCACCAAGAAAGGGCUGCUCUUCCGGGGACGGAUCUCGGAGAGGCUGAAGACCAGAGGGAUCUUUGAGACCAAGUUCCUGUCCCAGAUAGAGAGCGACUGCCUGGCCCUGCUGCAGGUGCGCUCCAUCCUGCAGCACCUGGGCCUGGAGUCCACGUGCGACGACAGCAUCAUCGUCAAGGAGGUGUGCACGGUGGUGGCGCGGCGCGCGGCCCAGCUCUGCGGCGCCGGCAUGGCCGCCGUGGUGGACAAGAUCCGCGAGAACCGCGGCCUGGACUUCCUCAAGAUCACCGUGGGCGUGGACGGGACGCUCUACAAGCUGCACCCUCACUUCUCCACGGUCUUGCAGGAGACAGUGAAGGAGCUGUCCCCCAAGUGUGAAGUGACCUUCCUGCAGUCGGAGGACGGCAGCGGCAAAGGCGCCGCGCUCAUCACGGCCGUGGCCUGCCGCAUCCGCGAGGCCGGCCAGCGGUAGAGGGAAGCAGGUUUGCCCCAGAGCUUGGUUUCAGCAGAACAGGACGUUUCCUCACCCAACCCCUGCCUCCUCCCUCUGCACACACCCACGCACCCCCUCCCCUCCAAGCAGACUCGUAGCUUUACUCGUUCUCCGGGGCACCACGGCGGCACUGGAGACGCCGUGGGCUCUGUACCAAGUGUUGUCGUAGGAGUUUCCUUGCAUGCCAUAAAACCAGCUGUGGAGUAAAGCUCACAGUGUCUUUUGGCUUCUCCCUGCAUCUCCAGGUGGAGCUGGAGCUGUCCCACCUCUGUCACACCCCACCACUGGCCCUCCCCUAGCAGCAGUAGGGAUAACACUCGGAUAAUUCAGACACUGCAUUGUCACUUUAACAGAACCUAUUUAUGUGUGUCGAGCUGUAGCUGUCCGUGCUGUAGAAGCAAACCUCUAAGAUUGGGCUAAAGACCUCCACUAGUCUUUUACCCUGAUCAAGGCUGCAUUAUUUCCAUGAAAGUCAUGGUAACUCUUAAAGCACAGGGUGCAGAGUGGCCGCGCUGCACUGGAGGUACCACGUACCUCCCUUGGUGAGUGAUCCCAGAGAAGUGCCAGGGCAGGGCUGCAGGGCCCCUCAGCCUUGGUGAGAAGUGCCAGGGCAGGGCUGCAGGGCCCCUCAGCCCUGGUGAGAAGUGCCAGGGCAGGGCUGCAGGGCCCCUCAGCCAGCCCCAGCAGAGCACGUGCCUGGAAAUAAUUGGGGACUCAGGGUCUGAUCCCAUUUCCUGAGCUGGCACCCACACCCUGAACAGUGGUAGGAACGUGGUGUGUGUAGGGUCGUGUCCCCCCGGGCACCCCCAGCCCUUCCCUGGGGCACGGGUGGGCUCCAGGAGCCACGGGCAGUGUCUCCCCUGCCAAGCCCCAAACCCGUGGCCGUGUCUGCCCUUGGCGUGGAGAGUCUGGUUUGCUUUGUGUCUGUGAAAUAGUUCUGCGGCUGCAGCCUUUAGGUGGCACCUGAUUUAUACACUGUAUAUUUAUGUUUUAAGAGAUCUGAUGUCUUUUUAUGUACAUAGUCUUGGGGGGGGUUGUAUCACUUAGUUUUAAUGUCACCUUUUCAUGUUGUCGAAGAAGAGUACAGAGUAAUUAUUUUCUUUUUUUUUUUUUUUCUUCUGUCGUGUAAUUUUUUUUUUUAAUUUAAAGUUUUCUUGGGGUAGACUGGAGAAAGAGACCCAAAUACCUGAGGACUGCUGUACAAGAGGUUUGGGCAUUCUGACUUUAUCACCAGGACAAAAGGGAAAGCAGAAAGCCAGGGCGUGCAGGAGCAGCGGGGCCCUGCGGUGAUGCUGUUGGCUUCAGGCUGGGUUUGACCUUAGGAGAGGUUUUGUUUUGUCCCCUGCCCUCCCCAGCUGUGCUCUGGAAGGUCACAUCCAUGGGGGAUGGCAUAACCCAGGCCCCUGUGCCCGCAGCAUCGCCUGUGUGCCACGGCCCAGUGCAGGGAUCCGUUUUUGCCAGCAGAAAACUCUGGAUGAACUAAAAGCUGCAGGUCUCUGCCUCAGUGAGAGGAGGCAGACAGAGGGUGGGGGGGUUUUCUGUAAAUAUUAAGCAGAAGUUAAUGAAAUUUCAGUGAUGUACAAAAAAAAAAUAUAUAACUAAUAAACCCCACAAACAGCCCUUCAGAUUGGAGGAUAGAGUUUUUGUCUAUUUUUAUGUAUAUUUUUAUACUGCUUGGGGUAACCUCAUUACCAAAAGUCUCUCUUCUGUGUUGGGGGUCAAGUUCAGUAGCACAGUUUUAAAGGAAAAUUACUCUUUUGGGCAUUUUAAAUGCUUAUUUUUUUAUAAGCCUCAAGACAAUUAUAACAAAUAAAACCUGUGUAUAGAAAUGAUGUAAGAAACCAAGUUUAGUGGAAGUUUUAGAAGCUGUCAAAUAAAUAUUUGAAGGAUGAUACAGAAAUCCUCUAAUCUGGUACCAAGCAGUUUUGUGUGAUUUUUUUCCUCAGAAAACCAGCAUUUUGCCUACUGGAAAAUGGAAACAGAAAUCUUUUUAGCUGCUGCACUGCGCAGAGUUGUAUUAGUGGCUGUUUUUACUCUUAGCCAGCUGUGCCCCUGCUGAAAUCCAUAGUGUUUUCAUCUGUUAGCCAGUGAAAUUUUACAGUUUUGGGGGCAGAAUGGAAGGACGGGGAUCUGAGCAGGGGACUGACAGGGGGAACGUGGGGAGCUGAGGUGCCUGGCCUGGAGCAGGGUCACCAGAGCCCCCUCGCCUGCCCGGGGUGCAGGAGGGGCUGCAGCUCCCCAGGGCUGAGGAGGAUCCCCCUUGUGGGUGGUGGUGCUGGACUUUGGGCAGAGGGACACCCCCCUGGGCCUCCAAGGCUCCCCUGGUGCUGGAAAGCUUCAGCUCAGACUCAGAAUCAAGCAGGGUCUGGAAUGUUCCCGGUCCAGAGCGUGGCAGGAGGGCUGUGGGUGCAGGCCCACCCUCCCUGGGGCUGCAGGGGGGUUUGGGGAGCCCCUGGGGGGGUUUGGGCUCCCCAGGGGGAGCAGAGCCUCUCCCCAGAAACGUGGCCAUGGGAUGUUCUGUGAAUGUGUUUAAAAUGAAGAAGGGAAGAUUAAAUCCUAAGGACUGAUAUGAAGGGAAGAUCAAACGAUAUCUGCAGGGACAGACGGACAGACUGCUCAGCCUGAUUUGUCUUCCCUGCAGCAAGAAGUGCUGCUUUGUGGGUUUAGGAUGGUUCUGUUUUGCUUGGUUGUUCCCAUCUGGAUGCAUUUUCUUUGCUUUCCCGGGGUGCUGGAAUGUUCUCUGGCCACGCAGGCAGCAGGGAGCAGAGUCUCUGCCCUUCCCUCCCUGGCAAAUCUCCCCUCCCUGGUACUUUGGACAGGAUUUUAUUGGGCUUUUAAAAUAUACCUACAUCUACAUAAGCACAAUCAGCAAAUUACUGAGACUGGCAAGCAGAAUUUGCCUCUUCCCUUCCUGGAGCCCAGGGCUGGGAGGGAGAAGCUGAGUGGCCCGAGGGUAUCAGUGGGGCACAGCUCUCUGGCCUGGCAGCAGCUCAGGUGCAGUUUGACCCGAGAUAACUCGGUGCCCGCUCUCCUCCCUUAUCAGGCAAUCCAAACCCAUCUGGCUGUCAGAGAGAUAAGAGAGUGAAAGGUCCAAGAGCACGGGAGGGGAGAGGUGCAGAACGGUGCCAAGUGCACGGUGCAGGGGCUGUGAGGUGCAAGGUAACAACAAUAACCUGCAGUGGGGGAGCCUGCUGUAUUGCACUAAAUAGUUUAUUUAGUUGCUGUUGCAGCCCUGGCCCCAGCCCCCUCCAGAGAAGGAAAACGCCUGCUUUGGGCAGAGCAGUCGCUUGCUCUGGCACAAAAAUGGGCACUGAAGGCUGAAAGAGGCAAUUCCUGUUCUCAAGGCAAUUUGGGGAGAGGAAAAUUCUUUUCUCUUGUGACAUCCCUGACCAGCCUGAAAUCUUCCUGGCCUGAAGCAAAGAAAAUGCCUCUCGAUGUGGGCCUGGCUCCGUGCGGGCAGGGGAGUCCUAAAGCCAAAGACUGUGUGGCUGCUGGCAGAAACGAGUGCUGUAGAUUCACCUGAUGUUGUUCUCUCGUGUUUACAAUAUUUAUUUUUAGCAAUUGACUGCAAUGAUAUUAUAUAUAGGCUUCCUUAUUUUUGUACUUUUCAUACCUGAGUGUGGUGUUGUACUGCUCAGCUCCCCUCGGCCACCACUGCUGCUCCUCGUCAGUGACAAUAAACCAGAGAAAAACAACCACCA